AUGGACGUUGAUUCUAAUCAUGCUCCACGAAUAAACCGAGAUCUGUUGGAUACGAUUUCCAACAAGAAAGAUGACAUCCAACAUCUGACACGGGUCUGGCAGAACGAACGACAUGCUCCUGAUAUACUGCCUGUAGCUGCUGAGCUUCUUAGUCGUAUACUUGACUUAAUAAGACGGCAGAUGAGUGCGGUGAAUACGUUGAGGAGCGCUGAUGUGACAAUGAGCGAAGAGGACCAUUACCGCACAACUCUUGUACAAACCGAGGCUGAGCGAGUAAAGUUCGUCAUACGAAGCUAUGUCCGUACACGAUUAUCCAAGAUCGAACAAUAUUCCGCUUAUAUUACGUUACAUAAAGAGAUUCAUCCUCGACUCACUGAAUCGGAGCUGCGACAUGCGCAGCGAUACGGAGAAUUAGUCGUUUCGCAGUUUAAUACAACCGUUCUCGGCCAUCUACCCGAACCACAACGCUACCUCGACGAUGACACAACAGGCGCGGUACCGAGCAUGAUACCCGAACCUGACAAAAGUAAACCUGUAUUCUUCCACGCAUUUGACGCAAUUGAGGGCAUUCAGUUAGACGAUGGGACUACAGUAGCAAUCUCGAAAGACACAAUUAUGCUCGUUCCAUACCGUGUUAUUGAGCAAAAUCUCCUUCGUGACGAGGGCGAACUCGUAUAG